AUGGCUAUACUCAAACAGCUGUGGACGAAAGAAGUCGAGGAACCUGAAGUAAAGAACAGUUACCAGUAUGUUUUUGAGUUGCGAGAAAAGUUAGAAGAUACCCUCAAACUCGCUCAUUUUGAAUUGGAGAAAGCUCAGCAGAAGGGAAAGCACUAUUACGAUCGCAAGUCCAAAGUGAGGAAGUUUCAGCCAGGCGAGAAAGUACUUGUGCUACUACCUACCGACCACAACAAGUUACUUAUGCAGUGAAAAGGUCCCUUUGAAGUCAGUUCAGUGGUAGGUCUCAAUGACUACUAGGUGAAAGUUAAAAGCAAGGAGAAAGUUUACCACGCUAACCUCCUCAAAAAGUAUUUUGAGCGAGAAGCGACUACAGUCGAAGGAGCAGUAGCUGUUGGAGCAGGCGCUACGAGUAUAGAGGAUGCUGUCGACUGUGAAGCUAACGUUGAUGAAGCAGAGGAAGAAGAGGCUGAUUUCCUAGAGCUUGAUGGCUAUGUAGCCAAGGAAUCAAUUCAGGAUGUUGCAACUGGACCGAAUCUUACGGACGAGCAACGAACUGAAUUUACGGAUCUGGCUAAACAGUUCACGGAUUUGUUCACUGAAGCACCAGGUACCACCGAUCUCGUUCAGCAUCAUAUUAAACUCACCUCAGACGAG